AUGGAGAGGACGCUGCUCUGGAUGGAGACGCUCUUCUUCUCUGCGUUAUUGCUGGUUGGAGUGGCUCAUUGUUCUCAGGGUCGAUUCGCACACAAGCUCUUGAAUGAUCUGAUGGAGAAUUACUCCAGUGCUCUGCGACCGGUGGAUGACACGGACAAAUCCCUCAACGUCACACUGCAGGUCACGCUGUCUCAGAUCAAAGACAUGGACGAGAGGAACCAGGUGUUAAUCGCGUAUCUGUGGAUCAGACAGACGUGGCACGACGCCCAUCUGAAGUGGAGUAAAGAGGAGUACGAUGGUCUGGAGGUGAUCCGGAUUCCCAGCAGCCUCGUGUGGAGGCCGGAUCUGGUGCUGUAUAACAAGGCGGAUGAUGACUUCUCCGGGCCGGUGGACACUAACGUGGUUCUGCGGUAUAACGGUGAGAUCACGUGGGACGCUCCGGCCAUCACUAAGAGCUCAUGUGUGGUGGAUGUUUCCUACUUUCCUUUCGACAGCCAGCAGUGCAACCUGACCUUCGGCUCGUGGACCUACAAUGGAAACCAGGUGGACAUCACCAUGGGGAUGGACAGUGGCGACCUGUCGGACUUCGUGGAGAACGUAGAGUGGGAAUGUCACGGAAUGCCGGCCACUAAGAACGUGAUCAUGUACGGCUGCUGCUCGGAUCCGUAUCCCGACAUCACCUACACACUCCUGCUGCAGAGACGCAGCUCCUUCUACAUCUUUAACCUGCUGCUGCCCUGCUUCCUCAUCUCCUUCCUCGCUCCUCUGGGCUUCUACCUCCCUGCCGACUCGGGAGAGAAGGUCUCGCUGGGCGUCACGGUCCUGCUGGCGCUCACCGUCUUCCAGAUGAUGGUCGCGGAGAGCAUGCCUCCCUCCGAGAGCGUUCCUCUGAUCGGUAAAUACUACAUAGCGACGAUGACUAUGGUCACAGCGUCCACUGCUUUAACCAUCUUCAUCAUGAACAUUCAUUUCUGUGGAGCCGAGGCCAAACCGGUGCCGAACUGGGCCAAAGUCCUCAUCAUCGACUACAUGUCCAAGAUCUUCUUCGUCUAUGAGGUCGGCGAGAGCUGCGCGUGUCCGUUCGGACAGAUGGAGGAAUCCGAGUCCUUCCACAGUCAGAAGCAGAAGAAGCAGCUCCAUCCCAAAGAGAAAGCGAAAGGAGCUCCGCCCACCUGCUGUCCCGACGACGACAAACCAGCCGCCUUCACGCUGACCUUUGACCCCUGCGUUUACUGCGGUUGCCGUGGCAACAGCGGAACCCUCGGCUGCGACCCGAAGCUGGUCCGGAACGUGGAAUACAUCGCAAGCUGCUUCCGCGAGCAAAAGGCCACGUGCCUGAAAGUGGCCGAAUGGAAGAAGGUCGCCAAGGUCAUGGACCGAAUCUUCAUGUGGAUAUUUUUCAUCAUGGUCUUCCUCAUGAGCAUCCUCAUCAUCGGGAAAGCACCUUGACCAGAGAGAGCACAGACGUCAUAUUCAGUUAGACUAUUUGACAUAUUCAUUUACAAUAUUAAGAUCUUAUAAUUUUUUUAACUACUUACUACAGUCGUUUUGUUUUUGAGUCAGACAGAUUGUGAUGUAUUAUGCAUCAUGCUGGAGCCUCUCUGUGUGUGUGUGUGUGUGUGUGUAAGAUAAUCUGAGUAUUAAUAAUGCAGACUUUUGCCUCUCAAUGAGCACAUCAGUUAUAUCAGUCUUUCUGAUAACAGAUCCGCUUUUCUUCAUUAGAAGGCUGUGACCCGUCUUCAUUACAGGAGUCUCUCUCUCACACACGUGUGUAAAUGAAGAUUAAUAGACUUAUAGAGAAUACACUGUAUGUAGACUUACAUGAGGGGGAUGUUUUAUAAUGUAUAUAUUA